AUGAUAAGCCUGAGUUGGAACUGUAGAGGGCUUGGGAACCCUCGUACAGUUCGAGAACUUCAGUUUUGGGUGAAGCCUAAGUGUCCUAAUGUGGCUUUUCUAAUGGAAACUAAGUGUGGAAGGAAGAAAGUUGAAGAAGUAAGAAAAUUAGUGGGGUUUGAUAGAAGUUUUGUAGUUGAGAGUAAAGGAUUUAGUGGAGGGUUAGCUUUUUUGUGGAAUAAUACUGAUGAUUUUUCUUUAGAUAACUACUCUCAUAACCAUAUAUCUUUGUCUGUUAAAAGUGAGGAGACCAAUGAAGACAUGUUGGUUACUGGUUUCUAUGGACACCCUUCCACAUCACAAAGGGAGAGUACUUGGCAGUUAUUGAAAGUGCUUAAGCCUAACUCAGAUAAAUCUUGGAUUUGCUUUAGGGAUUUUAAUGAAGUGAUGCAUCAACAUGAGAAGCAAGGGGCAGCUCUAAGGCCUUACAACCAGAUGGAAAGAUUCAGGGAGGCAGUGGAUUCUAGUGGUUUGAGUGAUUUAGGGUAUGAUGGGACUAAGUAUACUUGGAAUAAUGGCAGGGAGGGAGCCUAUUUCACUAAGAAAAGAUUGGGAUCUCUUUUGAGGGGUGUUCACAAUAAACUUCUAAUCUGUAGGGACUCUUUAAUUCAGUGGAAACAUCUUUCUCUUGAUAAAUAUAGGAGACAGGCCCAAGAAAAAAUCAAGUUACUUUCUAAUCUACAGAAUGCUAAUACUGGUGCCCUGACCAAGGAAGUGAAACAAGUGCAAAAGGAGAUGGGUAUUCAAUUAGAAGAAGACAAUGUAAGGUGGAGGCAAAGGGCAAAGCAGACAUGGCUCAGAAAGGGAGAUAGAAACACCAAAUUUUUCCACAGAGUUGCUAAUCAGAGAAGAAGGACUAAUGAAAUCCAUAAUAUUGUGAAGGAAGAUGGCAGUGUGAUGAAUCCAUUAGGAUCCCUGGGUCCUGAUGGAUUCCCAACUGUCUUUUACCAUAAUCAUUGGGAUAUAGUGGGAGUUGAUGUCACUCGAGCUGUUCUAGAGAUUCUAAAUUCUAAUGGUGACAUGUCAUGCAUAAAUCAGACUUAUAUAGUUCUAAUUCCCAAGGUGAAAAAGGCUCAAGUAGUAACUGAUUUCAGACCUAUUUCUUUAUGCAAUGUUAUUUACAAAAUUAUCUCUAAAGUUCUAGCCAACAAACUCAAGCUCAUAUUGCCUCAGAUCAUAUCUCCUACUCAAAGUGCAUUUGUACCAGGUAGAUUAAUUCUUGAUAAUGUGAUUAUGGCUUUUGAGGCUAUGCAUUCCAUGAGUAGUAAAGUCAAGGGGAGGCAAGGCUAUAUGUCUUUGAGACUAGACAUGAGCAAAGCAUAUGAUAGGGUGGAGUAG